CGAGUACGCGCCGACGGCACGGAUACGCGCACUCCAGAUUCCGUCCUCUGUUAGACAUGGCGGCGGAUCUAAACCCAGACUGGCUCUCUUGCCUGCCUUCUUCUUGGAGUUAUGGGGUUACUCGGGACGGAAGGAUAUUCUUCAUCAAUGAAGAAGCCAAGAGUACGACCUGGCUGCAUCCCGUCACCGGAGAGGCCGUCAUAACGGGGCACAGAAAAACCCCAGAUUUACCAACGGGAUGGGAGGAGGGAUAUACGUUCGAAGGAGCCCGCUGCUUCAUCAAUCACAAUGAGCGGAAGGUGACCUGUAAGCAUCCCGUCUCUGGUCUUCCGUCACAAGACAACUGCAUCUUUGUCGUCAACGAACACGUGACUUCUGCAAAGCUUGUCCACCCCGUUACAGAUCCUGGUACAGUCAACCCUGUUACGGUCAACCCUGUUACGGUCAACCCUGUUACGGUCAACCCUGUUACGGCCAACCCUGUUACGGCCAACCCGGUUACAGACCCUAUUACAGACCCUGUAUCAAACAGGCCAAAGGCUCCAGAGCAGGCUCCAUCAGAGGAGAGUGACAGAGUGAAGAAGGAGCGCCCGGUGAGCACCAUGAGCGAGGCAUCUAACUUCACAGGAGGGUCAGACUACAGCACCUACCCUGGCAGCAGCCCCGCCACACGGCCUUCGAGGUCUUACAAAAAGGUCCACAACUUUGGCAAGAGGUCCAACUCUAUUAAGAGGAACCCCAAUGCCCCGGCGGUCAAGAGCAACUGGCUUUACAAACAGGACAGCACGGGGAUGAAGCUAUGGAAGAAGAGGUGGUUUGUGCUGUCUGACAUGUGCCUGUUUUACUAUAGAGAUGAGAAGGAGGAGGGCAUCCUGGGUAGUAUCCUGCUGCCCAGCUUCCACAUCUCCAUGCUGUCUGUCGACGACCACAUCAGCAGGAAAUACGCCUUCAAGGCGACCCACUCCAACAUGAGGACCUACUACUUCUGCACAGACACGGCCAAAGACAUGGAGUCCUGGAUGAAAGUGAUGACGGACGCAGCCCUGGUCCACACAGAGCCAAUCAGAAGACUGGAUAAGUUGAAGGUGGACCGCUGCUGUCCCCAGGAGGUGAACAACAUCCUGAACCACAACCGGGUCCUGACCAGGCCAGAGAUCCAGAACAACGAGAGGAACCGUGAGCCGCACCAGCCCUCCCUCACCCGCAGCAUGGACCACACGGACGGGGACAGGAAGCACAACACCCUCCAGAGAGAGAGGGAACGCUACACGCUGCAGAGAGACGGCGAGAGAUACUCCCUUCAGAAAGACGGGGUGAGCUACACGCUACAGAGAGACGGAGAGAGGUACCUGUUGCAGAAAGACGGCGAGCGGUACGCCCUGCAAAAAGAUGGGGAGCGGUAUUCCUUGCAGAAAGACGGAGGCGAACGAUGUGCUGUGCAGAAAGAUGUUCAGAUGGAGAAGUACGCACCUCAGAAAGACGGGGAGAAGUACUUGGUACAGAAAGAUGGAGAGAGAUAUGCACUGCAAAAAGGAGAGCGAUACACCCUCCAAAAAGAUGGACAGAAAUACAACCUCCAGAAAGGGGUAGAGAGACAAACGUCUAUGACUGAGAAAGAUCGGUCAGAUCGUUAUGGGACCCUUGAUGAAAGGCAGAAGUAUAAAACCCUACGGGAAGGAAGUAAGUGUGGUACCCUGAGGGAUGGAGAUAAGUAUGGGACGCUCGAUAAGUAUGGUACCCUUAGGGAAGUGGAUAAGUAUGGAACCCUCCGUGAAGGGAACAAGUAUGGAUUCCAGAGGGAUGGCAGUACUGAGAGGCCUCUGACUAAAAUCAACAGCAUCAAACUCCAACCAGCCCAGGCAGCAGCCAUCGCAGCAGCAGUUACAGCCUCCCGCCAGGUACAGGUCUCCCAGCACAUGGCCCCACCACAGGUCAACGGCUCUGGGGAGCGGGCUGGGGACCACAGCCCAGGGGAGGUGGUAGGCACCCUGGGGAGAGGAGCAGGAAAGGCCCAGGACCCGCCUCCGAACCAGACCCAGAACCAGCAGGCCCAGGAGCCAGAGAAGAGUCUGACCAGAACCAACUCCAUGAGGCAGCUGGAGAACUGGGUUAGGACCCAGAGGACACAAGAGGAGGAUGAUACCAGGAGCAUCACCUCCUACCAGACCUUACCCCGCAACAUGCCCAGCCACCGUGCCCAGAUCGUUCCCCGCUACCCUGAGGGCUACCGUACCCUCCCCAGGAACAUGCUGUCCCGACCUGAGAGCAUCUGCAGCGUGGCCGGCUCCGUCUACGACCGCGCCCUGGCUCCCACGUCCAACUCAGACAAGAGGCGCUCCAUGAGGGACGACACCAUGUGGCAGCUGUAUGAGUGGCAGCAGAGGCAGGCCUUCUCCAGGCAGGGCCCACCACCACCAGGCCACUACGGGACCCUGCCCAGCCCCAAGACCAUGGGGAACAUCUCUGUGCACCAGGGGGUGGCCCACUCCAUCCCCACAUCCCCCUCCCAUGGAUCCCUGGCCCUCUACCACACCUUCUCCCCUCCGGGCCAGCACCGCAGAGACAACCCACCAGGAUCAACCAGGUCCGAGGUGUCCUCACCCGUCUUCAGAGGGGACCAAACUAUGACUAUAGACCGCAGGCACAGGACUCACCUCACCAAGUAUAACUACCCACCUGACCGCCGGUCCAUGCCAGCAGGCAUCCCAGUGCAGACCAUUACCCCACAGUCACUACAGGGCAAGACGCCAGAGGAGCUGACCCUGCUGUUAAUAAAGCUGCGUCGGCAGCAGGCUGAGCUCAACAGCAUCCGGGAGCACACUGUGGCUCAGCUAAUGAUCCUUAGCAUGGAGGGGCCCAACGCCAAGAGUGAGGUCCUGUCUCAUCACCUUCAGAGGAACCUCAUGUAUCUGGACAGCCAGACGAAGGACAAUGAGCCGUUAAUCUUCAUGAUUCACACUAUGAUUGAGAACUCUGCUCCAAGGCCUCAACUGUACCAGCAAAUCAGCCCCGAGGACUACAAAGACAACUCCUACAGCCACCAGAGGCCAGAGGACAUAGACACUAAGCUGAGCAGACUAUGUGAGCAGGACCAAGUGGUGAGAACACAGGAGGAGAAACUACAGCAACUACACAGAGAGAAGCACACCCUGGAGACGGCUUUGCUGUCUGCCAGUCAGGAGAUAGAGCAGAGCUCUGACAACCCAGCAGCUGUACAGAGCCUUAUACAGCAGAGAGACGUACUGCAGAAUGGACUGCUCAGUACCUGUAGAGAACUGGCACGGGUCAACACUGAGUUGGAGCGGUCGUGGAGAGAGUAUGAUAAAAUGGAGUCUGGCGUCUCUCUGGCCAAAACCAACCUGUUGGAACAGCUAGAGGCCCUGGGCAGCCCACAGACGGAACCUCCCAGCCAGCAGCAUGUCCACAUCCAGAAGGAGCUGUGGAGGAUCCAGGAUGUGAUGGAGGUUCUGGCCAAGAACAAACCCCAGAGGACCACUGACACUGGUUUCCUUGGUUCCAAACCCAUCUCAAACCUACAGAAGAACGAGCCGGUGACCUCGUUCCGGUCACUCUGUCCUCUCACGGAGGGGGACCGUCAGCCCCCCCGCCCGCCCCUCCCCCAGUCCUACGGCUCAACAGAGCGCCCUCCCGCUGUACCCCCUUCCCUCCCCUCGGGCACCCGUCCGCCACCACACACAAGCAAGCACGGCCAGAGGAACGGAACACACAGCAGUCAAGGCCCAGACUACCGUCUGUAUAAGAGUGAGCCAGAGCUGACCACUGUAGCUGAGGAGGUGGAUGAUAACAACGGAGAGGACAAUGACAAGGACAGACUACAGACAGGGCUGACCACUGACAAGGAGCCUGCGGCCACUAAAGUCCCAUUAGGAGUACCAGUCUACCCAGUGGGUAUCGUGCCCCCCAGGACCAAAUCCCCCAUGAUCCCCCCAGAGUCCUGCACCAUCGCCUCCUACGUCACCCUGAGGAAGAGCAAGAAGUCUGACCCCAGGACUGACCGUCCUCACAGUGCGGUGGAGCAGACGUGCGGACCGGGAGAGAGGGAGAGUGGCAGAGCCAGGAUGAGUGUAGAGGAGCAGCUGGAGAGGAUCAGGCGACACCAGCAGGCCUCGCUCAAGGAGAAGAAGAGAAGUAGCAGCAGUAUUUCCCCCUCACGCUCUCCAUCCUUCUCCAAGGAGAACCCCUUCAUUACACAGGUCAGGCGAGAGGUGGUGUUCUCCAGAGGCACACAGGAGCUGGAGGCAGCACUGCAAGACCUGGAGGAGGUCAGAGACCGAGUUACAGAGCAGCUGGAGAGGGACAGAACUGCAGCCGUGGAGCUGGAGAGAGACCGAGGUGCAGAACUGGAGCUGGAGAGAGACAGGGCUGCAGCAGCUGCUGAAGAAGAAAUGGAGAGGGGUCGAGCUGCAAUAGAAAAACUGGAGCGAGACAUGACUGAGGUGGCUGCAGUGGUGGAGCAGGAGAUGGCCAGGACCGCUGUGGCUGUAGAAGAGGAGUUGGACAGGGCUGCAGAAUUGGAGCUGGAGAGAGACCGGGCCGCAGUAGCAGCAGCUGCAGAAGAAUUGGAGAGGGCUAGAGCUGCAGCUGAAGAACUAGUCAGAGGGAGGACUGCAGUGUCUCCAGAAGAGGCGCUGCAUAUUGACACGGCUGCAGUGGUGGAGUUGGAGAUGGAAAUCACUGUGGUGGAGGAGAUCAGCUACAGAGCUGAGGAGGUGGAUGUCAUCCCUGUCCCCAGGCUGAGUGAGGAGGAGCCACAGCCCCGGACGGAGAGCUCCAACAUGGACACAGAGGUGUCAGAGACCCAGGUGAUGGUGAUAUCAGAUCAGGGUGUGAAGCCCUUGUAUGUACAGUACCUAAUCCCUGGACAACAUCAACAGCAGGGGGAGAGGGAGACAGAGAGGAGAAAUACCCACACUCCCAGCACCCUCAUUCCCCACAACAGCCCAGACAUUGACCUUUGUGAGCAGUGACUCAUAAGCGAUGCCAGUCUGAAGAUCCAAGAUGGCAUCCUACAGAGCCAAGAUGGCACCAGUCAGCCUGCACAGAGCAUGCCCAGUAGCUCUCUGUGUGUGUACAGUAGAAACGACUGUAGCCAGACAGACAGAAAGAGUAGAUCCACAGGCCUGCUCGUAUUACUUACUGCCUACACAAUAACUGCGAUACAAAACUCUCUCAUUCACACAGAGAUCUCAGAGGACAAGAUAGUAUUACAGGGUGAUAAUUGAUUAUUAUUACAGGUAUUAUGAUGGUCUGUUAUUUUGGACAUGUUCUGUGAGGAUGCGUUGAGUGUCUAUGAGCUGAGCACUGCUGUAACGAGGAGGGGACUGUACAGUUGUAAAUAAGAACAUUAGAAGAGUCUCACACUGGGAAGAUCUCAAUUGCAUACUCCUCGCGUCCUGUCUCCUCGUCUCCUUCUCAAAACCCACUGGAGGAGAAGGUCAGAGGGGAGGGACCUCUGGCUUUCUCAUCCAAUGGGUUUUGAGAAGGAGACGAGGACCUGAGGACUCGAGGAGAAUGCAUUUGAGAUCGUCACAAGCAAUGGAGAGGGCCAAGCAACAAAUCUACACACACGAAGGCAGUGCUUUACUUUAAUAUUCUCUUACGGGUUUAAUUUUUUUUACUGGUUUUACUCCCAUAUACGUUUUUAACCUGAGGCCCUAAAAGUUUAAUUUUCCACAUAUUCUACACUGCACAUUCCCCCAUUGUUCAUACACAUUGUUAAUAUAUAAAUAUAUAAAACAUAUAGAAUGAACUAUCUAUACAAUGGGUUUAUACUUCAAUAAGGUGCCACCAUAUUGCUGCUGAUGGACAGAGUUUAAAUAUUUUAUUAAGGUUGUGUUUAUUUAUGUCGGGAGGAUCUGGUCGCCGCCGACAACCACAUGUGAAUGUCCUGGAUUAGAAUUGAUCUGCUUCUCUGUUUUUAUUCUUUCUUUCUAUGGCUGAGAUAUAUUUAAAGUAAAAUAUAGAUGAAAGAUAAAAUAGUUUUAUGAGAUUAGGGGUUGUGUGUUAGAUUCUGUCUGGUUGUGUGUUAGAUUCUGUCUGGUUGUGUGGAGUCCUGGACAGAGAGAAGAGAAUAGCACAUGUAUAAGCAAUAAGCAGGCAUUUUGUUCCUCUAGGACUUCAAAUAUAAUGUACAUAAAUGUAAAGUUUCAUUGUGUAAAUGAUGUACACCAUAGAAAGAGCAGAGCAGAAAUUGUAACUGAGGUUAUUAUUAUUAGAGUUAAUAUGCAAAAUGUUCAUAUCUCAUCUGUUUUAUAUCAUGUGAAAUAAAUGUUGAUGUUCUUAA